AUGGAUCCUUUCAGAGCCUCUCUAGCCGUCGUUCUGGGGCUCGUGACAUUAAGCUCUAUAUUAAAGAUCUUUAUACAAGGUUUGGUGUCACCACUAAGAGUUCUUCCUGGUCCUUUUCUUGCGAAAUUCUCCAAUUUCUGGCUGUUGUGGGCGGAAGCCAAGGGCUGCCGGACAGAGACCAUCCACAGUUGGCAUGAGAAAUAUGGACCAAUAUCGAGUGUGUUUAUGAAAGGAGCGGUUUACGACACUUCUGGGCGCAAAGGGAUUUUCGUUAUGCGUGACAAAUACGAACACCGAGAGAGGCGCCGAAUCUUGAACCAUGCUUUUACGCAAUCAAAUCUCUUCGAUCUUGAACCGCUCAUGAAGGACCACAUCCAGAAGCUGUGUCAUAAGAUAGGAGGAAGACAAAAAACUGAUGUUUUGAUUUCUUUUCGAUUACUUGCGCUCGAUAUUGUCGGUGAACUAUUUUUGGGAAAACCUUUUGGUGCGCUCGAUCAAGAUUAUCCUCCCGCCUAUGCCCACGACCUCGAUAAUGCCUUUUUGGUAUAUGGAUUUCAGUGCGCAUUUCCUGUGCUGACAAAGCUUUACGGUGAAGAUGCGUUGCAUGAGUACAAAAACCGUAUCCACAGUCACGGCCAUAAGGAUCUUCUUCAUAAAUUGAUCGAGUCGACUCAAGACCACAAUCCAAACGGACCAGCAAACAUGACGAAUCAGCAGGUUUCGGAUGAAGUCAGCAAUUUAAUCUUUGCAGGCACUGACACGACAAGCACGACCUUGACGUAA